AUGGAUGAUAGUCUUGGAAACAUAAAGAUCAUCAAAGAUCAUUUCAAAGCAUCCGCACCUAGUAUUGACUCUCUUCAGGACAUAGCUUCUUCGUCUGUUUCACAACCAAGAACUGAUAAUUAUUUGAGGUCUCAUAGCCGUUUGUGGAGUAGGAGAAAAUUAAGAAGUGCAGCAUACAUGUUGAAGUUUAACUUUUUUAGUCUGCGGGGGCUGCCAUGGGGGUCUAGCACGGAUAGCGAGGAAAAGGUUGUGCUAACUGCUGUAGAACUAGAAUCACUUCGAUCGGAUCUUGCUGAUUUAGAAGAGAAGGAAGCUCACUUGAAAGCUCAAUUGGAACACGUUGAUGAAAUUCUGCGAUCUGCUCGUCUCUCUGGCUAUUUGUACAUCCGAACUAGGUGGAAACCGCUACCAGGAGAACCUCCCCCUCUUGAUGAUACUGACGUUGAUGACUGGCUUCCUCGCUUUGUUGUCUUGCAAGGGCCAUGCAUUUUCUUCUACUUGUUUUCCACAGAUCUGAGUCCCCAAGACUCCACCCUAUUAUCUGAUAUUGUUGAAAUAGGUCCCUUGCCAAGCGUUACACGAGAUAAUGAAGGAACACAAUAUGCAUUUUAUAUCUUAACAAUUCAAGGACUUCGAUUCGAGUGCUCAAGUGCUUCUAAGGUACAGGUGGACUCCUGGUUGUCAGCACUACAAACCGACUGCAAAUUGGGGGGUUCAGAUGCCACCACAGCUCCAAUGGCGCAUGUGAGAUGUGAAAUGAUACACUUUAGUUCCAGGAAGUUGUAA